AUGCGGGUUCCAUAUCAGGCAGCCGAAAGCGGUCGAUCGCCUCCAUGGGCAACCAUUCCCCCCUCACAGUGCACCAAUAGCUACAACCCGUCGGUUGCGAGUGCAUGGCUGCAUGGAAACGCACAUCUGUGUGGAGGUUGGGUGGAGGUACCAGGCGCUCCCCAUGAGGGACACGGAGGGGCAGGACGGCCUCCAGGGAGCGCAGGAUCAUGGCUGUGUGGGAGUUGA